AUGCCUCCUCGUCGUCGUGCGGGAAACACCACCUCAGCGCAAUCGACGCUGUCCUUCGGCAACCGGUCCCGAGUCACCAAGCCAGUCACCAAGCCAACCGACAAAGCGAAGGUCCUCGACUCAACACCCCCUCUCUCUCAGAAAUCGACUUCCGCCACCCCCGAGCCGCAAAAUGUAUCCGUCAGCCCUGUCGAGCCCUCCAAGCCCCACGUUGCAGAGCUAGCCGUCCGCCCGCAGCCAACAGUUGAAACACCAGCGCCCUGGUCGGAGGAGGAUAAGCGGGCCUUGAAGUUGACCAAGCAAGAUAUCUGGCGGUACUGGCGGGCUCAGGAGGAGAGUCGCAAGGCACCUCGGAUUCACCAGCAAGGCAUAGAUGUGGAGGAGAAGGUCCUUCGCCAUUUUGAUCUGUCCAGCCAAUAUGGGCCAUGCGUUGGGAUUGCUCGUGUCAACCGUUGGAGACGCGCAAACACGUUGAAGCUUAACCCGCCUAUUGAAGUCCUAGCUGUCAUCCUCAAGGGCAAGGAUACCAAGGAACGGGCGUACAUCGAUGAACUGCUGUCAUGA